AUGGCGACUCUAUCAUCUUUGCCAAAUGAGGUCUUCAACGAGAUCGUAGGCCAUCUACCGCGAAAGAGCCAGCUUCUUCUGAGACAGUGUUCCAAAACCCUCGAAGCCAAGUCUGAUAAAGAUACGCUAUUCAGAACCCAGCGGUACUAUCACUCAAUCAUCGAUAUCAAAAAUUUGGUAGCCUUCUCGACAGACCCCGCUCACGAUAACGCAAGAGCCAGAUGCAAGACCCUGGUACUUGAUACUUUCUCUCCAUCUUCCAUGAAGAUCCGCUGUAAAAUCCGAUUAGAAAAUGGAGAGAAAACAAUGCAGACGAUAGCAAUAUCCACGCCUAAGUUCAAUAACCACCAGGUUGUUGAACUCCUCACCACCGCGUUGGAUAAUUUACCAAAUUUGGAAUGUAUCGAGUUUAUGACUACUCCUGAUGUUGGAGACGUUCCGAAUGCGAUUUUACAAACCCAUUAUCCUGGUCUUGGGUUUGAUAUCAGGGAAGAGAAGCCUGGAAAAUGGUUUAAAAAUGCUUAUCGGAAUGCAACGGCACACGCGUAUCCGCAUGAGAAUCAGACAUUUGCGAAUGCAAUGACAGCUAUAUCACGAUCUAACUGGCAACCAAAGGUAAUUCGAUUUCCAGAGCUUACGGAUGUAAGAAGAUGGACGUGGAAGUCUCAAUCCUCGAAACGAUAUAUGCCCAGCAACGGCCCAUCACUCGAAUGGUUUGUCUACACAGACGACAGGAUACUAGAAGCAUUACAACCCCGGCUUCAAAAUCUGAGAAAACUCGAGAUUCCACUGUUUCUUGGGGAUUCCGACGAAUACGAUUAUGAAGCCGAUGAAACACAUGAGGAUCUUAUAAAGGCGCGGCCCGAAAUUACUCAUUUUCUACAAAUGGUUCCCAACUUGGAGGAAUUACGCUUCAAAGUUGGUAGCCUUAUAAGAAUAAACACCCCGGAUGACUCGGGAGGAUGGAUCCCACUUCAAUUCCCAAUCAACCCAGUCGACGUAGGAUCUCUCAGAUUCAACAACCUUCGAAUCCUCUCCCUCCUCGAACAAGCUUUCGUAAAGGACGAACUCAAGACAUUCUUGACAUAUCACAAAAACACCCUUCGCAAAAUCGAAUUGAUCAAUUGUGUCCUCCACUCCCCCCACCAGCUAUGGUCAGGAAUCUUCGAACUCAUACGAACGGAUCUCACACUAUGGUCAUUCGAAUUCCACACCGAAUACCCCAAAAUGCAUCAGCAUACGGCAGAACAUCUAAGAAUAGUCCCCUGGUUCCGCGUCUACGGGAACGUACGAACAGCAGACCAUCGCUGUGAACUAUUCCCCAAAGACGAGUCCCACAAACAAGAAAACACACACCGCAUCGAUUUCGAUCAAGCAAUGCGAGUGGUAGCCGUUCUAGAAUAUAAAGUCGUCCUAGAAAACAACCCGGUGUUAAACGCCGAAAAGCAGGAUAUACUUAACAGGCUGACACUACUCCGUCAGGGGUUAUCACCGGACGACCCUGGUGUUCAAUUACAUGAGUCCCAAGUACGUGUGAUGAUGCGACAGUUAUCAUCUCGUCAAUUAGCUAUGAAAUUUCAAGGCAUCCAGCCGAAAGAUAUCAGAGACGAACUUAUGGCACUAGGCGUCAAUGGGUUCGAAAUGGAAAACAAGGCUAGUCAUUUUGGUCAGUUUAAUUCUCACACUACUGUCCUUAGGUCUGAUGGUUGUCUUAAACGUACAGCAGUGAGUACAGCUUAA